AUGUCAUCAAUUUUAAUCUUUUCGACCCCAAAUACUCUCAAAACUUCUAUUAUAAACGUCAAUUCCAAUCGGAGGAAUUCCCUUUCCCUUCCUUUAAGGAAUCAUUCUUUUUCUCCGAUUGGAAGAAAGCUUCCAAGGAAAGCUAAUAAUAUUCUAGCAUGUUCAACUUCAUCAGCUUUUAUAGGGAAAGUUGGGUUGCAAAAAAGAGAAGGCAACUUCUCGUCGCUGUCGUUUGGGGUGGAUCCUAAAGGAGUGUUGGAAACUGAGGCAAAGGCUGGUGCUUCACAAGUUUUAUCAGCAAUGCUUCCGUUUGUGGUGGCUCUAACUGCAGUUACCGCUCUUUAUCAGCCUUCCACUUUCACUUGGGUGUCCAAGGAAUUGUAUGCUCCUGCACUUGGAGGAAUUAUGUUGUCUAUUGGAAUUAGACUCUCCAUUGAUGAUUUUGCUCUUGCUUUUAAAAGACCUGUGCCGUUAUCUGUUGGCUUUGCUGCACAAUAUGUACUGAAACCGGCUCUUGGAGUGUUGGUAGCUAGGGGAUUUGGGAUGUCUCCAAUGUUCUAUGCCGGUUUUGUUCUCAUGUCUUGUGUUGCUGGGGCACAACUAUCAAGCUAUGCCAGCUUCUUGAGUAAAGGCGAUGUGGCCUUAAGCAUUCUAUUGACCAGCUCGACUACUAUUGCAUCUGUUCUUGUUACUCCUCUUUUAACCGGCCUUCUUAUAGGUUCUGUGGUUCCAAUUGAUGCAGUUGCCAUGUCGAAAUCAAUUUUGCAGGUGGUUCUUGCUCCUGUCACUCUUGGGCUGGUGCUAAAUACUUAUGCUAAACCGGUUGUAUCUGUUCUACAACCUUUAAUGCCUUUUGUUGCAAUGAUUUGUACUUCAUUGUGUAUUGGAAGCCCCCUUGCUAUAAAUAGGAGCCAAAUUCUUUCAGCAGAGGGUAUGAAAUUGAUUGGCCCUGUAUUGUCAUUUCAUGCAGCGGCAUUCGCCUUGGGUUACUGGAUCUCCAAAAUUCCACCUUUGAGGUUAGAGGAAGAAGUCUGCAGGACAAUCUCACUGUGCACAGGAAUGCAAAGUUCGACACUUGCAGGGCUCCUCGCAACACAAUUCCUUGGAAGCACUCAAGCUGUUCCUCCUGCUUGCUCGGUGGUUGCCAUGGCUAUAAUGGGCCUUUGUCUCGCUUCAUUCUGGGGCAGCGGAUACAGAAUCAGAGACUUGCCGUCUCUCGUGAUUCCUCAAACUGGCUCUACUGUUGAAGCUUAA